UGUUUCCGGUUCCGGGCUUUCCCCUCCCCUCCCCUCCCCCACGUGGAGCCGUGCACGGACGGAGCCCGGAGCUGCCGGGUGCGGCGAUGCGGCCCCUCACGGAGGAGGAGACCCGGGCCCUGUUCGAGAAGCUCGCGAAAUACAUUGGCGAGAACAUCCAGCUGCUGGUGGACCGGCCCGACGGCUCCUACUGUUUCCGUCUGCACAAAGACCGGGUUUACUAUGUCAGUGAGAGAAUCUUGAAGGUGGCGACCAGUAUCCCUGGGGACAAGCUGGUGGCACUGGGCACCUGCUUUGGGAAGUUCACCAAGACCCAGAAGUUCCGGCUCCAUGUCACUGCCCUGGAUUACCUUGCUCCCUAUGCCAAGUAUAAAGUGUGGGUGAAACCUGGAGCAGAGCAGUCCUUCCUUUAUGGGAACCAUGUGCUGAAAUCCGGCCUAGGCCGCAUCACCGAGAACACGGCUCAGUACCAGGGUGUGGUGGUGUAUUCCAUGGCUGAUGUUCCUCUGGGUUUUGGAGUAGCAGCAAAGUCUACCCAGGACUGCCGGAAAGUGGACCCUAUGGCAAUCGUAGUGUUUCAUCAGGCUGAUGUUGGGGAGUACGUGCGGCAUGAGGAGACACUGACUUAAAGGGCAGCCAGCAGCACAAGUCUCUGAAGACUCAGCUGCCCAUGGCAAGAAUGGAGUGCGUUUGAAAUCAGAACUCAAAGCAGAAGCAGGGAGCUCUUCUGGCAUGGAGCUCUGCGGGCUGCUAGGGAGGAUUACAGACCAAUCUACCUGUGACUUAGUCAUAACUAUUGUGAGCUCUGGGGCCUGUCUGUCCCAACCUGAAGAGGAGACAGGGAUUAUAUAAAACUUGUUUUCUAUCUAAUAAAACCCAUGUUGAUGUG